AUGACCACAACAACGAUUUCUUCGGUUGGCCUGGAUCCUCGGCCACCAAAAAAACGUUUUAUCCAGAUGACCGCCACCGAUUUGCCACUGCCGCGUAUUCGACCGCUUCACAGUAAUCAACCCUCAGCAUUCGUGAAACCUUUGAAAGUAGCACCUGCUACUUCUGCUGCUGCUCAGCAGCAAAUUCCGCCGACCGGUGAGCAAUUUCAGCUGGCCAUGAACCAGUGGGAAUGGGCGCAAAUUGAUGGCCUCAAAAUGCCGGUGGUUUUUCGGUGCCACGACCGGUUUGCCGCGGUGCACAUUGUGCAGCUGAAGCUGCUGUCCAAAUUUCCACCAAAUAUUCCGCCCGAAAUGGCCAACAAAUUUAUGAUGAUUUCACACAAAAUGCUACCGAUCGAAGCCUGGAUUUUCAAUACAAUCAAUGCGGUGAUAUGCAAAUUUGACCUGGGCUGCCAGCUGUUCACGCCCAACGACGAGAUUGUUCGUCUCAGUGACGUGGAGCAAUUCUACUGGUCCGUGAAAGCACUGAAUUUGAGUCGAAUGAUCGAAAUUUAUAGUACGGAAUUGCGAGCAACAACAUCCACACAUCUGAUGGCCGCUAUCACACAGAUGAGGAGUCAUGUGGAGAACGAUUUACAGGUAUGUUUUUAUUAG